AUGUCCUCCCUAUUGCCCAAAACACAGGAAGACCAACAAGCAACAAUAGUAGUAGAAUUGGAGGAGAAGAAUAAAUUGAAAAGAGUUUUGGAUCAGGUAGAAUCAUCUUCAUCAAUAGAGGAAAAACCACUAGUCAGCAAUAAGAAGAGAAUUAAAUUAUUUGAUGAAAUUGAGAGUAAACAGGGUGUUUGUUGGCACUUUAGAAAGAAGGGAUUUUGCAAAUUGGGCUCUGAAUGUAAAUUCCGACAUAUUAAAGUGGAUGAUUAUGGAUUAAUUAUUGAAAAUGAUUUGUCAUCUUCUAAUAAUUCAUCAUCUUUGGAUAAUAAUUCAAAUACAACAUUAGGAAAUAAUUUAGAGGAACCUACAUUAUCAUUAACAAUAGAACCAUCAUCACUCUCUAAUAGUACAUCAUUAAAUGUUGAACAACCAAGGAGAAAACUUUGCUAUUGGAUUUCAAAGGCUAAAGAAACAAAAUCAGCAACCUCAGCUUUACGAAGAACUUACGAAGAGAAUGGAUUUAAUUUAAUACUCUCCACUGAUAAUACCGAAACAGAGAAUUAUACAGCAGUUUUCUGGGGACAUACCUUCCCUCAUACUUCAGACCUUUGGAAAAAGUUGCCAUCCUACACUUACAUUAAUCACUUCCCUAAUUCACACCACUUAUCUAAUAAGAGUUUGAUGGCAAUGAAUUUUCAGGAAAUAUCUAAGGAUAAUUCCUCAAUCAAAUUCAAAUCAGAGUUUAUUCCUCAUACAUUUUACUUUCCCUCACAAAUUAAUUUAUUCUUCAAUUAUUUAAAGACUGAAAAGGAUGAUAUUUGGAUUAUUAAACCACAAGGUUCAGGCGAAGGAAGAGGAAUCAGAUUAUUUUCCAAUUCUAAACAAAUUUUACAGGAGGAAUUUCCAACAAUACCAACCUCAGAAAUAGAGUCUGGGUUUGUCUCUGAGGAAACUUUGAAAAGGAAGGAGAUUAGAAAACACAAGAUUGUUGUUUGUAAAUAUGUAAGAAAUCCAUUGUUAAUUAAUGGUAAAAAAUUCGAUAUGAGAUUAGCCUAUCUCUAUAAGGAUGGUAUUGUAAGAUUGGCCAGCGAGGACUAUACGGAAUCAGAGGAAACUCUCACUAAUGCAUUCAUACACAUUACUAACAAUACUGUAAAUGAUAAGAAGAAUCGUCCUCAACAUGAAACAGCCAAGUCCCAAUAUGGAUUCUUUUGUAAUAUGAAUUUGAAUGAAUUGGAAGAAUACUUCCAAAAGAACUCUUUGGAUUACCAACUCUUCUGGGAUAGACUCAAAAAUCUAGUUUCAGAAUCAUUGAAAAUGACAAUAUUUAACACUGAAAAACAAGAUGAUACAUUCAAAGCCUGCUCAUCGAAAUGUUUUGAAAUUUAUGGAUUUGAUGUAAUGAUAGACAAGAAUUUGCAACCUUAUUUAUUGGAAGUUAACUCAAUGCCUGACCUUUCUGCUGUCAGUAAUACUAGCCACUUGGUAUUAAACAAGGAUUUCACCAUCAAAUCUAAAAUGCUUGUCAAUGCCCUCAAUCUCAUUGGCAUAACAAUCGAGGAUGAAAACACAGUCCUGAGCCGAUUCAUCAACAUUUCAGAUUACAACACUGAUGACUAUCUCAAUAAUUUUGAGAAAAUAAUUUAUCAAUAAUAACCAAACAAUUUGAAAUUUCAAAUGAACCAAGACCUAUUCAACUAGUAAUACCC